AUGGCCGGCGUCGACCCAGCGAAAUGGCAGGCGCUGCUCAAGUGGACCAUGAAGCACACGUCGGACGGCACGACGCCGAGCCCCGCGACGCCCAUCUCGGCCGACAAGCGCCGCUUCCUCGAGCAGGUGAUGGCCGAAGCAGUGCUCGACGAGAACGAGCGCGUGCGCGACAUCCUCCGCAUCGUACGGGGCGAACACCCGCGUCACGUCUUCAACAGCGCAUUAGCGGCCGACACGUUAUCCAUAGACACAAACAGCGCCAAAGACGCCAACGACACUGACGACACUGACGACGACGAAGCGCUCGCGCUGUACCGAGAGGCGCUGCUCGAGGAGCUCGUGACCCGCGUGGAUCAGGUGGACACUGCACAGAACUUGUGCAAAAUGGACGGCCUCGCAGUGCUGCUGCACGUGCUGCGCACGGACGCGCGGCCGUCGACCCGUGCGCGGGCGGCAGAGGUCUGCGCGGUCGUCGUGCAGAACAACCCGUUCUGUCAGGACGCAGCGCUGGCCGCGGGACUGCUCGAGGCGCUCUGCGCGGUGGCGCGAACAGACGAAGACGUGACGUGUCGCGUGAAGGCGCUGCUGGGGAUCUCGUGCCUCGUGCGCCACUGCGACGCAGCUGAGACGACGUUCCUCAGCGACACGUGCGACGGCCUCGCGCUCUUGCGGGACCACGUGGCAAUGGCGUCGGACCUGCGGCUGCAGCGCAAGGCGCUCUUCUUCUUGCAGUAUCUGAUCGGCAGCAAGCGGGCGACGGCGCACGCGGUGCGCGAGAUGGACUUUUACGUGCAGAGCGCUGCCGCGUUUAUCCUGCACGAGGACGUGGACCUGUGUGAAAGCGCUGCCGACGGACUGGCGGCGUUUGCACUGCUGGGGCCCGAGUUUUUGGCGGCCUGCACGCAGCCCGAGCUCGACGUGGUGGGGAAGUGCGACGAGCGCCUGAGCCGGAUCGAUGCGCUUGCGCUCGAGCAACGGGAGUUGGCACAGGAGACGCGGGAUCGGGUCGAGCGAUUGAAGAUGGUGCUCACUGCGUAG